GCAGGUGCUGAAACAGAUCGCGCGCUUGGAGGUGAAGUUCUGGGCCAAGGCGAGUGUCGCCAUGCUCAAGGAGCUGGACGCGGAGUCCAGGCUGGAGCGCAUCGUGGACUGGCUGCAGACCUUCGGGGACGAGGGGGAGUCGGAGUCCGCCUCCUCCGGUCCUGCGGUGCUGUACCAGGUCUUGAGCGAUGUCACCCUGCAGAAGGACUUCGAGGCACCACAGCGGGAGGCGCUGGGAAGCGCGGUGCGGGAGAACCUGCCAAAGUUCCCGGUGGAGAUGCAGGCGGUCCUGGAAAGAGUGGGCAGCGUGACCGAACGGCCUGGCGCCGUCUCGGACUGGAGAAGGAGGCAAGCGAUGCCGGACGCUCCCACGUUGGGUCCAGGUGCGAAGUUGCUCUUCGGCGUUGAGGAGGAGAUGCAGGUGCCAAAGACGAGUACCUCGACUCCGGCGCAGGAGGAGGCGGUGAUAACCAUUGAGGACGAGACUGAGAUGAGCGAAGCCAAUGCGGAGAUCGUCCAGCGACUGCUGCAAAGAACCCAGCAGGAGGAGGAGACGACGACUGUGUCGGUGGAGAAGGAGGAGCCGGCGACCGCGGCGCCGGCCUCGGUGGAUCCCUUCGCUGACUUGCUGGGCAUCAUUAUGUCCUGGCUGCAGCAGGCAGGCGGCACCUUGGAGCGGGAGGCGGUGCUGCCUCUGAUCAAGGCCAUGGGCUUCCGCGUGAGGGCGGUGAUCCAGGCCCUCUCGCCGGACGUCUGGUGGUCCCACCCGGAGGCCGAGUGCGAGAUCCUGCUGCGGACGCCCGCCGGGGUCUCUCUUCACGCGAAGCCCUUGCCCAACAAGUACCUGCAUGAGACGGUCAGGCGAAACCUGGUCGCCUACGUUCAGCAGAUGGGCUCCAAGGCCAAGUACGACAAGCUGGCGGGACUGCUAGGUUGGAACGCCAAGUCAGAGCUGAGAAGAACGUACGGGGCUCUGCGCCUGGUCCUGCAGGGUUUGCCUGAGAUCUUCUACGACCCCCACAAGCUCUACCUGAAGCAGGUGCUGGAGGGUGUGGUCGAUUGGCCUGUCAACAAGGAUGGGCGAAUAGGACCCAACUCCCAGAAGGAGGUGGUGCAGCACUGGACGCGCGCCUGCGAUGACCUGAAAGGUUUGCACUGCGCGAGUCGUGCAGGCGCUGGAGACGUGGACUGGUUCAGUGCCAAACGCCAGCUGCUGGGGGUGGCGAUGAAGCAAGGAGGGCUGCUGGACGUGCAGGUCGCGCGAUGGCUCAUCCAACCAGCCGGGGAGCAGGCGACGCUGGAGCGGGUCUGUGAGGCCGGCUCCAAGUACGACCUCACGAAGGUUCUCUUCUGGGAGCCCCGCCGCGUCUUCCGGCGGCGCACGCCCACGGCGGCUGCAGACCUCCAGGCGGACUUCAGCCUGCAGCAGGCGAUGCUCAAGGCGGUGCGGGCCAACGGCUCGGCCACCCUGGAGGAGCUGAAGGCUUCAGUGGACGAAGCCGGCUUGGCGGAGAAGGCCGAUGAGCAGACCAUCCACGCGGUAGCGCAGCUGAUCCCAGAGUUCUUCUUCAUGCCGGAGCACGUCUUCCUGAGACAUGUGGUGAACGGCCUCAUCGACGUGGAGGUGCCGGUGGAGGACGAGGAGGAGGAGCUGAUGCGGGAAGGACUGGCAGAGGUGGCUGCCGCAGCCGCCGCCAUUCCUGAUGACCCCUUGCAGAUCAAGGCGCCGGAGAGCGUGGCCUUUGCUGCGCAGGCGCUGGCUGGAACCGCAGACUUUGUGGUCUUCUCGGAGUUUGGGAAGGACGGGCCGCCGGAGAAGAAGAAGAAGUUGGCCUGAGAGCGGCAGAGCUCACCGGUAACAGACCGGUGGCCGCAUUUCCGGUCCAAAAGAGCCUGCGCC